AUGCCUCUCGGAUUCUCGACAAAGAAAUCUACCCCCAUCGCUUCCAAGCUUGAAGCAAUGUCGUCCGAAGUGACCUUGGUCGGCCAGUCAAAUACAAUGUCCGAAAAAGAAGCUGCAGCUGGUGCCUCCAAAAAAGAAAAGAAAAUGACAUGGAAGGAAGCCCAGGAAGCUUGCAGGAAGGAGCAGAGCUGGACAAUUCUGGCGCAACACUAUGCCAUGCGUUGA